UGUGGAGUUCGGUGCCGCGCGUCAGUGCUCCAACGGACGCGAUUGCGCGCGUAUAUUUAACUCGAUUCGGUUCUUAAUUCGUCACCCGGCUUCCAUUCGCGUCGCGUCGCGGAGCGCCGUGUGAGAGAAGCGAUCGAGUGUAACCGCGAGAUACCGUGCGUCGUGAGUGUCGUUGAGUGCAAAGUGCGCGUGUGAGUGAGAGAAAAGGAAAGGCGAGAUCGCGACGGUGUGAGAAAGCGGUGGCCGUAAUCGUUUGCGGAAAAAGACGAGAUCGCUACGACGCAUCCAAGAGUUGCUACGCGACAUUCCGAGCGUUCCCGACAUUCCGCGCGAGCGCCCAACGUGUGCCGGAGUAUAAAGAGGCUGCUCCUUCGAUUUCGACGCGGCGUUCACGCGGCGAGCCCUUUCGCGUUCCGUGUCUGUUGUGACUCGUUCCUCUUAACGUCUCGCGCUCGUGACUCUCGUCAAUUAGCAUUCGUUGCUCCGAAGAACCGUUGGAGCCUGCAGAACCAGAGAAUCGGCGUGUGUGACGUACGCGCCCCAUUCACGGUUAACUUCAUACAUACGCGCACGCACAUAUCCACAUAUACGUCCGUCGGUGAAUUCACGCCAGAGAUUACACGCGAAUGGAGUGACGUGGCAGCGCGUGCCACAGCCGGUUGUCGCCAGUCAUUCUUUUUUUUUUACGUUUUUUAUUAAACCGCCACGCUUGUUCCUCCGCGCAGGGUGCGUCUGUCAGUCCAGCUCAUUCCCGUUCAUCGGAGUGCAUUUCAACACGGUGUACUCCGAUCGUCGAUAAUCGACAAUUAUCGCUGUUGUUAUUGCCGCGCCCGGCUGGACCUGUCCAAAGUACAAUCGGACGCUAAUCGUUGCGCUCCAAUUUCGACGUUGAAACGGCUCGAAAUCGUCGCCGUUGAUAAUCGGUUGGUAGAUCGGGAACGCGCGGCUUUCCACCAACGCUCGACUUUCGCCGGCUCGCCCUCGUCGGGACAUGCAACAGCUCCGCGUGACCUUUUAAGACGCAAUCUGCAUUCGGCUGGAAUAGCGCGAUCGUGCUGGAAACGGUCGUCCACCGACUGUGUUGCAUCGACGAUCGAACUUCGAAUCUGCACGCGAAAUCCCCGUGGAUUCGUUCGUCACGUGCCGUCACGAAAGAAGGAAGGCGAAAGACAAUAAGAGUCGGCGUUGCUGCGACAAAGAUAACACCUCUUGACACGUGACGAAACGACACGCCGAUCAUCGACCUUGUCCCUUCGUGUCACGUUGUACUUUAACGCAAGAAUUAGCGAGGCCCCCAGUAAUCGCUGGCCGUUUCAGUGAGCCAAACUGGACGGGAUUAUCGUUUACGCGAGUUCACAAAUUUUAAGGAAAGGAUACACCGUGCGAUCGAUCUCUUGCCUUGAGAGAGAUACCUAGACGUCUUACCGAAUCUUCUACUGCCCAUCGUUCUGUGAUAAAACCUGUGAUAUUACCGAGAUUUCACCGAGAUUGAUGAGAGAACCUUCUUCUUCGUCUCCGGAAAUCGUUGCUGAUAAUCGUGAGACCUAAUCGGCUUAAUUUCGUCGAAUUAGUUAUUUCCAAGAAACAUACUAAAAAAGCCUACUGAUUGUAACGACUUGGAAUAAAAGUUGCAUAUUUAUUCGCUGCCGUGCUCGAAUUACGUUUAACAGGUGGUUUGCAACUCUGCCAAUACGAGCGCAAUCCAGUCCGAGACUCCAGGCGGCUGGUCAAGCUGCGGCAAGUGUCUAGACGACAUGAGGCUUAUGCAAAGAUUAGCGAUCAGCGGACUGCUGUCCGUGAUCCUGAUCCUUCUUCUAACCGGAACAUUUAUAACACGACGCGAUCUCGCGAAUGUCGUCGAUCGAGGCGUCGCGCCGGAAGAACGCAACGAACAGUUGAAUCCAGCCUGGAUACAAGAUAAUGUGGUUCCAGGGCAGGAUGAGCCUGAAAUUGAAGAUAAAAAUAAAGACAAAGAUCGACGUGUAGAUAUCAGACAUAAACAAUUCGAGCCUUCGGUGGUCGAAAUGCCAGCCGUAUCUAUUCCUGGCAUUUACGUUAUUAGACCGCCUAAUCCACCUUUGGAUGAUGUGACCAAUCAGCGCCGUGAAAAAGUUAAAGAGAUGAUGAAGCAUGGCUGGGAUAAUUACGUACGGUAUGCAUGGGGAAAAAACGAAUUAAGACCAAUCUCAAAGAGAGGUCACAGUGCCAGUAUCUUCGGAGCUUCGAAUAUGGGCGCGACUAUCGUCGAUGGACUUGACACUCUUUAUAUCAUGGGUCUCCACGAUGAAUUUAAGCAAGGACGCGACUGGAUUGCCGAGAAUCUGGACUUCGACAUCUUUUUCCUUUCAUGACUGCAAAAGUACAGUGAUGUCUAUCUAAGUGAAGGUAUCAC